AUGGCUCCAACCGUCCAACAAUUGAGUGCAGAGUUUAUGACUGAGGCUGAGAAAGAAGCAGAGGAGGACAGAUUUCUCAGGAAAAGCAAACAGUCGCCGUUUAUCCCCAUCGGUGAGUGAUGUACUAAAUCGACUAAAUCGGGGUUCAUCUGGUCAAUCUUAACUACAAUUUUCUUUGUCGACGAAUACCAAAAUUAAAGCUCUUUAAAUCUAUAUUUUCAUUUCAGUGGUCUGUAUAAAAGUGACAAGGAAAGAUCUUUUGACACCUUAAAAAAAUGUCAACGCGCUCUUCGGUACUAGCUAUCGAAUGCAAAAUUUCUGAAAAUUUCUAGUCCCAGUUUGUAGACGGGAGAUAUCGCUCUCUUUCAAGCUUACUUACUCUCUGCAAUCUUCAAUCACAGCAAUCCCAGUGAUAGGGAUUUCUAGUACUAAAUGUGUUUCUUAGCUAGGAAGAUCGAAGGGCCUCUGCUCGCAUGGUAGCCGGCAUUGAAAGAAACACUAAAAAAUGAUCACAACACGUUACGUAAUGUAUUCCGGCUUAGUUUAUAAAUUAAAGUAAAAAAAAUCGUGCGAUUGGAAAGAAAAGUGUAAGAUUUUACUGAAAAUGGGAUGGUCGUAGAAAUAGUGCACGAAAUCUGUGCGUGCCACUCUGUGCGUGCGACUGUUCAUGGACGCGGAAAGAAUAUUUUCCAAGAAGGGAAGAUGAUGCAAUGAGUUCCGCCUGGAAUCAUUUAAAUAAUUUGUAUUAAUUAAGUUAUAAUAGUUUGUUUCAUAGUAAGAGAAAGAAACCUGUCCCACAGGUUUGGCAGGGAAUAUUUUUCAAGCAAGCUUAUAUAAGGAAGGUCCAUGUAAAACUUGUUGCUGUUGUUUUCUUUCCUGGCUUUGCCCCGGGGUUUUCGUUUGUCUGUGUUUUAAGCUUGGGCCACGCCCAGAUGGGUCUCCUUUAGGGGUUUAAUUCAAAAUUUCCGACAAGCAUCCCAACCCCUUUUAUGUGCAGAGUCUCCCCCCCCCCCUGGGGGCUUUGCCUGUAUUUAACCUUUUAAUUAUCUAUUAUCAUGACCUGUUUUCAAAUUUGUUAAUUGUUUACUUAUGCGCAAUUUCACGUUUUCAAGGAUGUUCUAUUAGAUCCCAGGUUUUUUUUGAUAGGGUGGGAUUGAAGAAAAAAUUGUGGAAUCUGUAUGAAUUCAUUUCUAACAGAUUACGUACAAGAACAAUACAACCAAGCAAUAAGGCCCGCAGGGGAACUCUAUUUGUUUGGUGCCUUUGUUUCUUUUGUGAUGAUGAUACCUUCAGAAAGACCCCUGUCUUGCUAACAAGAAUCCAUAACAGGGAGUUGCAACAAGAAUUUCAGAAUUUCCAACCAUCCUGAUUUUGUCGGGGUUCCCCUGAUUUUGCUUGAAAAUCCUGAAUUGUCACCAAUACAUGAUCUGAAUAUCCCAAUUUUACAUACCCAAAUGGUUGGACCGUCUAGAAUUUUGAAACUGAGCAACUGCAUUUAUGCAAUUCUGUUGUCACUGCCUUAGGCUCUCUAAACCUUAUUUGACCAGUUUUCUGUUGAUAAUGACAGGUAUUGCUGGAACGGUGGCAGCAUGUGUCUGGGGAGCUAUUGCAUACAAGAACAGAGGCCCAGCUAUGACAACCAGCAGAUAUCUCAUGAGAUUACGAGUGAUUGCUCAAAGCUGUGUCGUAGGAUCAAUAAUGGCUGGGAUCGGUGUCACGGCACUUCAGAAUAAAAUUGAAGCUAGAUCUAAGAAAGACCAACUCUGA